AUGGAUGCUCUUGACUGUUUACUAGUCUAUUUAUCAUCCGUUUUACUUCCAGAUUCACAUGCACUACACGGAAAUCUCGAAGGGUUCUUCACGGUUGAUGCUGAAGCUGAGUAUCAACAUGGACCCAUAAAACCAAUUCAACAAUCGCCAGGCAACGUACGCUACUUAUUCCAGUGGGAUGAAACAAAUAAAGGAAACCUUAAAAUUAAAUUUACGGGUGUUGUUGACGAUCAUGGCAAUAAUGUGCAAACAUGGAAAUCAAAAAGAUUUCAUCUAUGUCAAAAGUAG